CUGCCAUCAUCAACCCCACCAUCUCUUCUAAAGGGCAACAUCACAAGAAAUUCGCAUGGACCGACAGCAGCCAUGUCGAAACAAUACCUUACCACGCAUACGAUCGAUAACGCACAUUUAACCGACAUAUUCUCCCUAGCAGCUACACCAACUGCGCUGCUCUCCGCUAGCGGUUCCUCGACCAUACAUAUACAUUCAACCUCAGACCCGACCAUCCCUCUCGCCCAAUCUCUUACCAACGCACACAAACUCGGUUGCCACCAUAUCGCUGCCUCUCAUAACGGCAAGGUUGCGGCAUCGGCUGGAUUCGCCGGCGAAUUAAAGAUAUGGAAACUUGCUGAGUCGGGCGAAUGGCAGCCAUUUGGAGAACUUGACCCUGCAAAGACGGGAAGCAAGAGUGCUGGUGAAGUUUGGGCUAUCGCCCUUAGCGAAGACGGCCAGUACCUGGCUUCGACUACCUCCGACGGCCGAAUCAAUGUUUGGGAUCUCUUUGGAGAUAGGUCCGAGAGGAUACGAGAAUAUGAGACUGGCAAUGCAGGCUCGGGUUCCUUUGGGAUGUGUGUGGAUUUAAGCUACGAUGGGAAGUAUACCGCAAGUGGCCAUGAAAGUGGCGCUGUCUACGUUUUCAACAAUGAUACGGGUCGACUGCAAUAUUCGCUUCCUGGCCUCGUCAAACCCAUCCGAGCAGUAGCCUUCUCACCAGCCGGCACACGCCUAGCCGCUGCUGGAGAUGCUGGCAUUAUCGCAAUAUACGAUACCAAGCAUGGAGAGCACGUCGGUAACUUCACCGGCCAUACCGCGUUCAUCACUUCAAUUGACUGGAAUGAUACGGGCGAAUAUUUGCUCAGCGGCGCAUUUGAUGGUAAGGUGAAGGUAUGGUCUAUCGAUCGGGGUGCCUGUGUUGCAACACACAGCGAGACCGACAAGGCGCUUUGGGCUGUCAGGUGGUUACCGAAAACCGGGCGCAAUGAGAUGUUCUGUACGGCCGGUGCUAACCGAAGCCUUACUUUCUAUCGCGAAGCUACCGGUGCAUAGACGAUUUACGAUAUCUUGAAAUUUGGCCCUGGGGAAGGCAUUUGCUUGUUCGGAGUUUAGAGAACGGGAUGGGAAAAGGGGAUUCGGCUUACAUGGCUAUCAUAUUUGCGCUUUAUUCAUCCCUAAAUUAAGUUAUUUGCAAAUGGGAUGAAAAAUAGAUGAGUUUUGUAACAUGAAUACUCUGCAAUAUUCGUGUAUUGUGCCAUGCGUUGCUGACCAUUCUGCCAGCUGGCCAUUGUCAUUUGAUUCUCGCAAUGAGCGCCGCCGUUCAUCCCCACGAUACAUUACACAAAGAGCAUGUAUAAUAAUACUAUAUCACUAAUAUGAUAAUACUAGGCCUAUAGAGAAUUUCCC